AAUAGAAACUUGUCACGAAGCGUACGUACGCUCUUAUUUGUAAUUUUUAAUUAAGGAUAGAAUUUUUUUAUUUCAAGUGAUGCAGUAAAAAUUAAUUUUAGAACUAUUUUCUUAUGGGAUUUAAUAAAAUACAAAUAUUUCAAUAAAUUUUUGAAGAAAUUAAAAAAGGAAAAAGUGCGCGGGAAUUGAUUAUAAUAAUUUGUGUUAACUAGCACUGUCUUAUUUGGAGACUUAAUUUCGUCAUUUACCUGAGAAGUUGUCAAAUCUAAUUGAAGAACUAGAGCAUAUUUAGUAAAUAUUUUUGGAAAAUACAAUUAAAUCAAAUAAUUUUGAAUUUGUUCUCAUAUAAUUUUAUGAUGAAUUUAAGUAAGCGCUAGUAAAUUUAUAAUUGUUUUAAACAAAUAAUGACACCAUCUCGCAAAUUGAAUAGUAAAAAACAAAGCGCUGGAUAUAGACGCUCAGGCAAAUUUCAAAACUUCAAAACAAAACGUUGCUUUAUUCCUAUUAAAAAAUUGAAAAUUGAAAAAUUAAACAUGAGAAAAGUUAGCACAACUGAACAGAGAAGAGACUUUCCAAGCAAGAAGGAUCCUACAGAAAAAAGACCUGAAAUUCGGAUUAUAAAAGCAGUGUCGAAUGCUUCUAGACAAAUUAGUAGAUUAGAGAGUGGCAAAGUAAAAAGUAAUUUAAAUUCAAUUAACAAAAAAUCGGAAGAUAUGCUGUUCCAGGGAUUCAAUUUAAAAUUUUUAAAUAAGGGAAAACCUGUUCAAAUGCAAAACAUGAAGCAGUCUCAGAAAAUUAUUCGUAAAUCACCAGAAAUUAAGAACUUUAAGAAAGUGGACACGAAUAUUAAUGAAAAGCUUAUACCUAAAAAGCAAAUCGAGAGAAAAGUAGUUGAAGAUACACCAAUAAGAUCAAAACGAACUCCAAAGCCUAAUCGGAAGUAUGUAAAUGACAAUUUAAUAACUAAUUUUAAAAGCAAUAAAAUUUCACAAAAAGCUGGUGGUGGUGUUUCGGAUUUUGAUUCUGAGAGCGAUCGAUUCAGUGCAACUUCAAGCGAUGUCGACUCCGAUAUUCUCAGAGAAAGUGAAGAUACCUCAACUGCGGAAGAAGAAUAUGAUAAACCAUCUAAAUCCAAAGCCAAGUUAAAUGUUACAGCAGGCAAUAAAAAGACGAUUAACAUAUCACCAACAUUUAAACCUAAAUUAAGCAAUGACGUCGAAAAAAAUAAACUUAGCCAGAUGGAAAAAUUCAAUCAGAGCAUUAAAAAUAAUCCUGUAGUUAAACAAAUUUCACUUCCAGGAAAAACAAUUAUUUUAAACAAGUAUUCGUAUAACCAACCUUCCAAUAAUCAAACAUUUUUCCAAAAAAAUCAAUUGUCAAAGACAACUAUCGAUAGAUCUCAAAAAACAAAACAACCAUCAUUGGUAGGUGGAUCCGUGGGUUUCGCUCGCAAACGAAAAUUAAACGAACCUACACAACAAAAGGAGAUGACGAAGAUUUCUAAGAUUAAUGAAAAGACUUUUAAAAAAGAUAGUUUUGAUAGUGAUAUUGACUUAAACGAUGAUGACGACAUAAAUAACUCUGAUAUAGACGAUUUUAUUAAAGAAUUAACAGCUCAGAGACAAAUAAAAGUUGUAAAGAAAUUAGCUCAAGUAAGUAAGCGAAGUAAUAGCCCAGGAAAUCGAAAUGCAAAUAGCGUUGCAAAACCAAUGAUAUUAAAUAAAAGUUUGCAACAACCUAAAGAAAAAAAUAAAGUAAAUAAUGAAAGCAAAACAGAAAGUGCACAACAGAUUAAACAAAUAAAAAACGUAGCUAAAAAAGAUAACGACUCUGAAAGUCUCACUCUUGGAAGUGUUAGUGAUUCUGAUAAGGAAGUUUUAGAAAAAAAUAGUGAUCCUUUUGCUAAAACUACAGCCUCUACAUUGGAAGAUUUUGAAAAAAUGCCUACUUUUACUAUAGUCAACAUAAAUGACAUAAUUGGUAAAAAAGGUGAUUUUAUGCUUGAAAAAAUGAAAAACGAUCCCCUCAAAUCGGAGAAAGUUCGUAAUUGUCCAGAUUCAUCUGACGAAAAUGUUCCGUCUAAUAGAAAAAAAACUGGUACAAAAAAUCGUCGUAAGUCAAACCAUACAAAUUUAUUAUCCGAAAAUUUUGACAAAAAUAAAGAUCCACCUCCGAGAACUCCUUUUCCGCCGCAGCGCAAGAGUAAUAACAAAAAACAUCAGUUAAAUACAACAUCUACAUCAAAUCCGUCAAAUAUAAAAAUUUUAAACAAUAAUUUGAAGUUAUCGAAAUCAGUGUCAAGUAGAAGAGGUAAUUUGACUUUAUCAAAUAAAUCUCAAAACAAAGGUCCACCUAGAAUAUUAAAUUCAAUGGUUGCUAAGAAAACAACACCUAUAACAACUUUCAGUACAAAAGUUGAUACAAGGCAUUCGAAUGAUAUGAGCGAUAGCGACAACGAAGUUACUCGAAAAAAACCUAAAGAAAAUAUUAAAAAUCAGUUAUUAAAACAAGUAAAUGAAAAUAAAUUAGAAAAUAAAAAUCAAUCACCAGUUAGUAAUAACAAAAGAAAGUUACCAAGCGAAAAAGUUAUCAUUCAAAGACAAGGCAAUAAAAUAAUCAAAAAAAUAACGUGUUUUGAGACUUGGUAUGUUAUAAAUCUACCACCAGAAACACUUGAAAAAGAAAAUACGAUUAGAAACAUUGUUGAAAUACCUUUAAUAAAUUUGGCAAAUCAAGCUAAAACAAUUGAUUUACCAAAUAAUAAAUGGACGUGUAAGGUGUCUUUGCAAAAAUGUACAGGAGCAAUGGUAUCACAAAAUUCUGAACCAUAUACUGGUGAAAUAUAUGAUGAUUAUAUUAAUCCAGAUGAAAUACAUAAAUAUCGACCGAGUAAUGUUAUGUUUAGAAGACAAGCAUUGCACCCUACCCCAAAAGUACCUUAUGAUAGAGCAGUUAUUUUCAAAAAUAAUACCUUUUUUACAAAUAUUGAAGGUAAAAACGUAAAAUUAUUAGGCGCACCUCAUCAAAUAGAAAAAUUAAAAGAUAUUGAAAUACUUUUAAAUUUAAUUGACGAUUUUUCGUUAAAAAAUCAAUUUGUUGAACUGGCGCCUUAUGUUCCAUAGAUCAAAAAUAUCAAAAUUCAUUCAAUUUUCCAACGUUUACAUACCUACAUUCAUUUUGCCAAUUGAGAUUAAUGAAAGAACGUAACAAACGUACAUAUAUUGAAAUACAUUGUUGAUUUUAUUUACGUUGAAACAUUUUAUGAAAUUUAUUUUAGUCAAAAAUUUGAAAAUUUAAGUACUGUGUAAGUAGUUAACAAUGCGUUUUGAAUUAAGCACAAUAUUUUCAUGUGACUUCCCUUAAUUAAGUUUUGUUUUCAUUGUUUUUUUUUUUUUAAUAUAAAAUUUUGUUUAACAAAUAAUAGAAAUAAUAGAAAAAUUUAUUUUGAUAUAAAAAAAUUACGCGGCGUUUGAAAAUGUAUUUCAAAUAUUUUCACUAAUUUGAAUAUUUAAAAACAUUAAAAAAAUUAGGUUUAAAAUAUAAUGUAAAUAAGGAUUAGCAAAAAAGAAAUCAAUUUUAAUAUAAUUUUUUAAAUUCAAUAAUCUUAGGAAUUUAUUUUUUAAUCUUGUUAAUUAAACAGAAGCUUGUAGCAUGCAAGCAAAUUGAAAUUAACAGUAAGUAAUUUUUUCCUGAACAUCUUAACAAUAACUUUAUUCUUAUAAGGAAAUUGCUUACAUAUUAAUUACUCUUUAAAAGAAAAACUGUUACUGAUGGAAGAGUCAAGAGACUAUAUUAUAAUGGGCUCAGUCAAAUUUUUCUGUAGUUAAUCCAAAAUAGGAAUAAAUUUGAAUAGUAAGAAUUUGGUCUAAACGUGCUACUCGCAGAUUCACAUAAAUGUCAAAAUGAAUGAAGGAAAAUGUGAAUGCGGUAUUUUGGAUGUUUUGCAACACCUCCACAAAUUCAGUAAAUGUGAACUGCUCUUAAGAUAGUUUUACACUACCUGUACUAUUGAAAUUUAUUGGAGUAUCGUACUACUAUCGAGAACAUACUUAUCUACAUGUGUAUACAUAUUUUUUGACAAGGUACUUUUCACAUUUGAAUUGAUCUAUCAUUUUAUGGUACAUCUACAAUAUGAAUGUAAUAAAAUAAGAAAAUUACAUAAUUUUUCAAAAAUAAAAAUAAAUUUUGUUAAAUUUAAAAACAUUGUUGCGGAUUAUAAAAGUUAAGCGAACUU